GAGCUAACAUAGGGCCUUACCCUAGGGUCCACACUGAGUGUAUUAUAUUCAACAUUUAGCCAUUCCUUAAUCAAACAAGCUCCUAUAUAAACAGUUAUUUGUCGCACGUGUGAACGAUACUACGUCAAACUUAAAAAAUAUGGCCAAGAAACAGAAAGCGAGAAUCUUAAUCAAGCUUCUUUCCUCAGCAGGCACUGGUUACUUUUAUGUUCGAAGCCGGGCUCGGACAGCACCGAAACUGAAUUUCAUUAAAUAUGAUCCUAGGAUUGGUCGAAGAGUCAUAUUUAACGAAGCGAAAAUGAAGUAAACAGGAAUUAGGCAAAUUAUUAUGUAAUGGAUUUAAGAUUUGUGAAUAAGCAGAAGUUAUCUUAUGUAUAAAGAAGACAAUUAGCAUGUUUAUAAAAAAAAGAGUUCUUUCUUAAGCUACAAUAGUCCCCAUUGUUUUAUGUUGCUUAUUUUCUUUUAGUUAGAGCAAGUUACUAUCAAUAAGAUGCUUAUAGAAUGUACAUAGUAAGUGUGUUUAUUUCUUUACACAGUA